UAUGUCUCCAACAUUUGCCAGAGGGCGCAGUGUCUGAUCGGGACACAACACCCUCUACGGUUUUGUUGGAUUGGUAAACCUGUUUUAACACGAAAUUAUAGAGAAUGCAUUGUCGGAAGGGAGGCUAUUUGAGGAGCGCUAGGUGCAUCUAUCUCAUUUCUCACUGAGUUGAAGCAAAGGUUGGGCUCCAUUCUAAAGCCAACCUCUCCGCUAAAACACGGCCCAAUUUGGAGUGGGGUUGUAAAUCAUGCAGGAAGGAUGGAUGGUAAAAAUAUAUUUUUUCUGACAUCUUUGAUACACUGAGAUUAUUAUUUGUUUUGUUUCUGCAAGAUGGAGCCGCAAUUUAUGUCCUGCUUCGUUUUCUUGGCUUUUGCGUUUUCAGAAAACGUCGGAUGUAUUAGAGGAAGGGUUGGACCUAAAGUGACCGAAAAGGUGUUCUUUGACAUCACCGUGGCAGGUCAUGAAGUUGGACGGAUUGUGAUUGGCCUGUUUGGAGAUGUUGUUCCCCUGACUGUGAAUAACUUUGUGGCUCUUGCCACAGGGGAGAAAGGAUACGGCUACAAAGGAAGUACAUUUCACCGGGUGAUCAAGGACUUCAUGAUCCAAGGAGGUGACUUCACAGCUGGAGAUGGAAAUGGAGGUAGAAGCAUUUACGGGAACCAAUUUGCUGAUGAGAACUUCAAGCUGAAGCACAUGGGAGCAGGUUGGGUCAGCAUGGCCAACGCGGGCCCAGACACCAACGGCUCUCAGUUCUUCAUCACUGCGUCCAGGGCUCCUUGGCUGGACGGGAAGCACGUGGUGUUUGGGAAAAUCUUGGAGGGCAUGUCUGUGGUUCAUACCAUCGAGCUCCAAGACACAAAUGACCGGAACCUGCCCUACACAGAGUGUGUCAUUGUCAACAGUGGGAAGAUAGAAGUCAAAGAGCCAUUUAUUGUGGAUGUGGAGGGUUGGUAGGGUUAUCACUAUGUGUGUUACUGUAUUCAGAGAAGUAUUAUGCAGUUGUUGUUUAUGGCUCUCUAAUGUGUAUACUAACUUUUAACAAAAUGAAUACAAUGAAUUCAGUCAUUAUGAGAAGAUGUCAUUUACAAUUAAUAUCUUAAAACCAUUGUAAUUUAGUUUCUUAACCUACACUCAUUAACUGCCAAAAUGAUCAGUAUGUCAUUUGCACUAUCCACUCAGCACUUUGUCAUGCUAAGCUGAAACAACUUUUAGUUUUUUACAAUGUUGAAAGAUUACACAAAGUAUAUUAUACUUCACUUAUUUUGACAUAUCAAAUGUAAUCACAGCAGCUGUAUGUUGUGAAAUGUUAAUUGAGGUUCCCAUUUGUGAACAUGUUGCAUUGUUAUGGUGAGUAUGUUUUAUUAUUUAUGAGAAAUUAAUUUGUGGGGAUUAAUCUGGAAGAUGUAGUAGCAAGCUGCAAAGUUGUUAAUAUUUUUAAAAACUAUUGCACAAUUGCAUAGAAAAUUGCUAGUGAUUACUUCAGGGCAAUUCCACUUUAACCGAAUUACACUUUGACUCAGAUGUAUCACGUUAAAAUGUAUGCCAAACAAAAACAUUGAUUUCUAAGUUUAACAAACCAUAUAACUCCAUGCACAAUGACUACUUUGAACAAUUUACACUUACAUUUACUAAAAUAACUGUACAGAUGCAAAGUUUGGUAAUAGAAUUACGGUAAAAUCUCCCUCAGUUUCUUAUGCAAACACAUUUUCCAAUAAUUAAGAUUAAAAUAUGUAUGCAAAAAGAAUGGGGUGUCAGUUAUGACAUGACACCUUGAGUUUGAAAUAAUUUAUUUUGGUUAUUGAACUACAGUAGGUGAAGUGGGUUUACAUCUGGUAACGGAAUUACGGUAAUGAAAUUGCAUCAUGGAUCCCUGAUCUGUACUAUACAGAAAUGCAUAAUGAAGGAUAUGAAUAUCGUGCUCAUCAUGGUGAUGUAUCCUGAUUAGGUACACAAAGGAAGAAAUAUGCAAUAUCCUCAUUUUGCUUAUUUGAGUUUUAUUCUACACACUGGCUAUUAUUGUAAUGAGCAUUUGGUUGGUACGGACCAGAGUGCAGUACAGUAUAGCACAGUAGAGUAGAAUACAGUAAAGUAGAUAUGUUCAGCACUCUUCAACAUUAUUGUGUUUUGAGUAGAAUACAGUAAAGUAGAUAUGUUCAGCACUCUUCAACAUUAUUGUGUUUUGAUGUACUUUUUCUGGUAGAUGUUGUCCAAGACCAAUUUUCCAUCUGUUUGACCAGAAAUCAAAGUCCAACAUUUUUGGAUGGAAUAAUGUAUUUUUUUUUUAUAUAUAUAUGCCAUGAUUUCUCAAAAAUAUAGACUCUUAGCUUUAAUUUGACAUCCAAUUUGACAUGCUCCUAUGAACUUCACAUGUUGGUGCUCUUGGAUCCUUUUAAAUGGAAAUGCCCUUGUUAAAUAGGAAUCAUUUUAUUUUAAAAUGUUCAUCCAUAGAUAGUUGUUUUAAAAAUCUAGCAAUUCAUUCAGUCUUUCAGAGAUAUCCACAAGCAUAUCAUAUACAGUUGAACUCGGAGGUUUACAUACACUUAGGUUGGAGUCAUUAAAACUUGUUUUUCAACCACUCACUUAUAGCUUGUCAAUUAAAGAUGACAUAAAAAAGAAAAAACAA